CGAAAGAAAUGGUUUUCUGUUUUUUUCCUUCGUAUUUCUUUUGUUUGUGUAAAACCUGCUAACCAAAAUACACCAACAUUUUAGGAAUAUAUAUUUGUCGGCCAAGAAAUUCAUCCUCAACCGAUCUCUCGGACGAGAUGACGAUCCCAGUAGUUACAACAAUGCGGGCCAAAACUAGCUGCGAGCUCCUGACACUUGGGCAGAGUUUAUCCGACAGCGAUCUAAAAUGAAUCUGUGGAGUUUUCUAACAAAACUUUAGAUUGCAGUUAUCCCAGGGGUCGAGAAAGUAGCCUCGCUUGCCCCUGUGUAUGGCUCGAGACAACGCGAUUGUGAGCCUCUGCCCUCGGUAGCGUGGGCGGCCUGGGGGCCAAUGUCGAAGGCCGAGCCACAGUGGGCCGAGCGUGGGAGGAAGGACGAACAAACAAGACAGCCAGACUCCUCUCAAGCGCCCGCAUGCAGGAUGAGAUGAACGUGCGUGCGUGCGUGCGUCCGCGCAGGGAUACUAAACUUGGGUGCCUUUCAAAGAAAGAGUUCGCGUGGAAUCUCGCAAUUUGCAAACCCGUGAGGCGUUUUCUCUGUGAUUAAAACUAAUUUAUAGCACCUAAAGCGUUCCUUGGGGAUAUCGGAAACAAUUUUAGCGCGAUAUCAACUCAUUCUCGUAUUGGCUGUCCAACGCCCGCGCGAGUUGGGGUUUCUUGUGGACGGGCUUUGUCAAACUCUGGACGUGCUCCCCGACUCCCAAACAGUCAUGCGAAUUCGAGUUGGUCACCGUGGGGUAGGCUAAUUUUUGUGUUUCCAGCGGAUGCCAGCGAGCCCGGGCAGAGUUUGCAAAGAUGUGGACGUGCCGAAAAUGCGGGAAGCCAGUUUAUUUCGCUGAGCGGAAAACAUCGAUGGGUUAUGAGUGGCAUCCCGAGUGCCUGCGCUGCGAAGAGUGCGGGAAAAGACUGAAUCCAGGCCAGCAUGCGGAACACAAGGGCGUUCCGUACUGCCAUGUACCAUGCUACAGUGUUCUGUUUGGUCCGACGCUGUUUGGUCAUGGUUCGCAAGUAGAGGCACACACCAGUUUUGGGAAGAAUCCAAAUCCUCGUCAAAACAUCUCCACAGUGCCAAGAGGCCACCUGGAGGGGAAAUUGAGGGCAUACAACCAGUUCUUUGAAGGCAAGAGUGGAAUCGUACAAAGCCGGCUGAGGAAUGGCCGACUUAUCCUGGAGGGCUCCAUCAGGAUCUACUGGGGAGUGAACAGGAUGAUACGGCUGAAAGAGGAGCACGACGACCGCAUCCCCGUCAGGAGGAGGAGGAGCUCGCUGCGCCUCAGCCGCCUCUCCGUGAACUUGAGAGACAGAGAGAACUCGGACGGCAACAUCUGCAAUGGGCACACACCUAGCAGUCCCCCUAAGGAAAAUGGACACGAAGACGCGACUGCGCGAAGCGCCGACAGCAGUCCCCAAGGGGAGCCAGAAGCGAUGGAUGAGGAAGAAGGCGGCAAUCCGAAGAACGGGGACGCGGCAGAGAUUGGCCGGAGCUACAGCACCCUUCCCAACCCUGGCAAGCGCUGCCUCCAGGAGCUCCUUGCGGAGGCUGACCUGCCUCCACCUUCGUUCCCUGAGGAAGCCAAUGGCUUUGAGAGCGUGACCCUCCGCAGCAAGAAUCGCUCUUCCAGGGUGAAGCUACGGCGACGCUGCUCAAUCAAUGGACAUUUCUACAACAGAGAGACUAGCGUGUUCACGCCAGCUUACGCCAGUGUGACAAGCGUCUGGGUGACUAGCCUGGUGAAUGCUCCCGAGGUGAUCAACCAGCUGCUUGACAAAUUCAAGGUGGAGAACUCUCCCCAGGACUUCGCCCUCUACGUGGUGCGCGACAAUGGAGAGAGGAGGCUAAUGCAGGAUGACGAGUUUCCGCUGCUCGCUCGUGUCAUGCUGGGUCCGGAUGAGGACGUCGCCAAGCUUUUCAUCAUGAACAGGGAGAACACCAACGAGAUACCCCAUGAGGUUGCACAGUACCUCAAUUUCAGUGAAGUAGAGCUCCUUUCGUUCAUCCAGAAGUUUCACGAAGAGGAGGCAAGAGAAGUCGAGAAAAUCAAAAGCAGGUAUGCAAUCAUGCGACAGAGGAUACUAGCAAGGAUGCUGGAGCUCAAGUCAAUCCCUGUGACAAUCAGCUCCGAACGCAACUCGGACAAGUCGUGUAAAUAGGGAACAUCCCUUGACGUCGGUUAGCACCGUGCCGAAUCAAAUACUCUUUUUUCUAUCGUACGCUCUCUAUAACCUCUUGCUACUAGUUUCUCUUUUCUGUUUCCCUACUUUUUUGUGAUGCCAAAGCAUGGCCUGCGAGUUUUUUUUCUCGUCGACAUGUCCACGUUUUUUCAAAGUCGACGUUUACGUGACGUCCUUGUAGCAUCUAGUCGAACAAGCUUAUAUUCAGACUGGUUCUUGUUUCGUACGGUUUGUGCUAUGUUUAGUUUCAUAGUUGCUCAUUUCAUUCCUUUGUUCCUGCGUGCCCAUUUGCAAUAUGUUCUGGUAAAGCGUUUUAAGUAUGAUGAAACAACCUCGUGGGGGAACUUCUAGCAAGCCUGCCUGCUAUACCACGGAUAGUACUAUAGGACGCAGAUAGAUCGGUGCAUGGGCACUCACUAUGAGUUUGUGCAGUGUGGGAAGUCGUACGGCAGAUAUAGUAGGAUCUGGCAAACUCGCAUACUAUGGUGCUGUUCUUGGACUCUAAGAGCAUUAUCCUAUAAAACAAGAAAUACGGAAGCUUGGAAGUUCCCCCAUAGCACGUUAUCCUACAUCAUUUUCUACUUCCCUACCCAGUUUAAAAUCGUAAAAAGUGCUUGAUUAACUAGAAAUAUGGAAGCUAUACUCAAGGACAGCUUGCUGUGGCUACGCAAUCAAAGGCUCGAGGACAUGUGUCUUCUCCCAGAUUGAGCGUUGAUUAAAGCUAUGCACACUCUCUUGUUGCGUAUGCCACAGAAAGAUGUCCCAGUGUAUAGAGGAAGUCCUGUUGGACACUGCAGAAGUUUCAGGGAAUGGGCACUCUUUCAUGCUUAUCAUGAUAAAGAUACUUGGCCUGAAAAACAGGGUGGGCAUUCGCCUGGAAUUUUGUGGUGCUAUUUGCUCACGCUGCUGGCAUUUCUCGGCUUUCAUAGGACCGACUAACUGCCCAACAUUCUCGUUAGGUUUGUGAGGCUUGUUUAGUUAUGACUUUGUAUGAUAACAAGCUUCACAUUUUGUUUUUGCUUGCUGUGCUUUCUAGCUUUAUUUUCUAGUAACAAUGUUUUGAUGUUUGGACUGUAGAAUUUAAGCUCUGUUUACUUGAAAGGACUGUGAAAUGACACUGAAAUAUAGUCUUUAUAGGUGUAUUCAGCUGUGUGGUAGAGCUGUAUGACAGGCUCUCUUUCCACUGGAAUCUUGGGUAUAAAGGCAGACCAUUUUCUGAAUUUUUAACCUUUGUAGGCAUUAAAGAGGCCAUGAAGCAAUUUUUGAACUUCUUCCUUCUUAGCUUUCCUUGUCAACUCACAAGUCGUGCGGCGUUAUUAAACAGUCCAAGAGAAGCAAAAGGAGGAACUCCGCUUUUGCUUGAACCCUCCUUUGUGUACCCAAUCAUCACCGUUCUCCCCCUAG